UAUGCGUGUAAAAUCUGCACACACGGGCGCGCACGCACAAAGACACGGACGCGCACACACUCAGCCGAGUGAGUAUUGGAGUGAGCAAACAGGUUUUUCGGGGGAUAUACAACCCGGAACCGAGAGAGGACCUUAACGCACAAUUAUAAAGAAGGAAAGUGCUUGGAGAGGACAAAAAUGGAUGCGUUGAUGAAAGGACUGAACAAAGCCAAGGAAGGAGUGCAGGUGGCGGCGACGAAGACCAAGCAGGGAGUAAGUGGCGCGGCUGAGAUGACCAAAGAUGGGGUCUUGUACGUCGGCACCAAAACAGUGGAUGGAGUCACAACAGUCGCAGGUAAAACUGUGGAGGGGGUGAGUCAGGUGGGCGGAGCAAUGAUGACCGGGAUGAGCAACGUGGCCCAGAAAACGGUGGGGGGGGCAGGCAACAUCGUCACCGCCACUGGAUUGGUCAAGAAGGAUCCCGCCAAACCGGACAAUGACAACAUCGCCGCGCAAGAUGCAGCCGAGUCACCGGUGGAUACAGACACCACUGAUGCCACAGAGGAUGACACGGACUGAACACGUUUUGAGACGGCCGAUUUGAACAUUCCAUGUCUCUCUGCCAAGUCCCGUCGUGCCUCGUCUUCGUCCUCUAUGAUGUCUGUAUGGAUCAAAUUGUUGUACUGAAUGAUGUUAGGUUGUGUGUGUUUGUAUUGUGUCUUAUGCACAUCAGCAAAUUGACCUCAGGUGUCUUGUUUGUGACAAUGAUAUUUUUAAUUUAUCACUGUGUGUGAAUUUGCGCAUAUUUUUCAGUGGAACAUGGAACUCGGCCACAAUUAACCACCUAAGUGUCUCUAUAUGAACAAUGACCAUGAUUAUAUUCUCUAUUUUUUUGGUAUGGCGUCUGUUUGAGUAUCCAUAUUGUAUUUUCAUCACCAAACUGAAAAGUAUGUACCUGUAUGUGUGUAUGAUGUCAUAUUGGGAUUUAAUGUGGAAUAAAGCAUAUCUAAGAAA